CCGCACAAAGUUCUGACUCAGCUGAGGUUCCCAAUGGAUACGUCCUGCAGCGUCGGGCGUCAGUGCAUGUGUCUGCACUGGUAGUGGUCGUUUUGAACGUGUGCUUCGGGGGUUGACCAUCGCACUUUGCCACUGGAUUACCGCAUCGAGCGUCGUCACUUCGGUGCCCGCUGUCCUCAUCUGCAGCUAUACUUUUGUGUUGUGCCGAAUUCGUUUUUGUGGAGCUACGGCGGCGUGCUCGCGUGUUGUGUGUUGCUCGUCGCCGCGGAGGGGGGGUGUGCGCGCACCACUUCCUUGCCUCCGGGCCAAGGUUGGUUUGUUCCGUGCGCGGCUGCCCGGCUCCUCGACUUCAUUGACAUGACCAAGAUAUGCGGCUGACCGCCGGAGAACCAUGGACGGACCUUGCCAGAAGUGCGUCGGUCAAUGCAGCGGAUACGCGCCGCAUUUCUGGAGGAAAGUAUGUCGCAACUGCAAGUGUCCCCGCGAGGACCACCAGGACGGUCCGAUGGCCGCCAACCAGGCCGAGGUGGACCGGCUGCUGCAGAAGGCGACGUCGCCCGCCUACUCCACGUCUCCGCCGCCACCGACGCAGCAGUCCCAGCCACACCACCAGCAUAAGCAAGGUUCUCCGGCGCCGAACCCGAACCCCGGAAGCACCGAGGCCGUCCAGCGGCAGUCGCACUCGGAUGACGACAGCGGCUGCGCGCUAGAGGAGUACACCUGGGUGCCUCCGGGACUCAAGCCCGAACAGGUGCACCUGUACUUCUCGUCUCUGCCGGAGGACAAGGUUCCGUACGUGAACAGCGUGGGCGAGAAGUACCGCAUCCGGCAGCUGCUGCACCAGUUGCCGCCGCACGACUCGGAGGUGCGCUACUGCAACGGCCUCUGCGAGGAAGAACGCCGCGAACUGCGCCUCUUCUCGAGCCAGCGCAAGCGCGAGGCCCUCGGCAGGGGAUCCGUCCGGCAGCUACCCGUCAACGCGGCCAGCCUGCCACCCAUCGUGUGCCAGAACUGCGAGGAGCCCUUGUCGGCGGGUGACAUGUGCGUGCUGGCGUCCCGCGCGGGCCCCGACUGCGGCUGGCACCCGGGCUGCUUCACGUGCCACACCUGCGGCGAGCUUCUCGUCGACCUCAUCUACUUCUACCGGGAGGGAAAGCUCUACUGCGGCCGACACCACGCCGAGAGUCUGAAGCCGCGCUGCACCGCUUGCGAUGAGAUAAUCUUCGCGGACGAGUGCACGGAGGCAGAGGGCCAGGCGUGGCACAUGCGCCACUUCUGCUGCUUCGAGUGCGACCGUCAGUUGGGUGGCCAGCGGUACAUCAUGCGCGACGGUCGACCUUACUGCCUGCGCUGCUUCGACGCCAUGUUCGCCGAGUUCUGCGACACGUGCGGCGAGCCCGUGGGCGUCGACCAGGGCCAGAUGUCGCACGAGGGACAGCACUGGCACGCCACCGAGGCCUGCUUCCGAUGCGCCACCUGCCGCCAGUCUCUCCUGGGCCGGCCAUUCCUGCCCCGCAAGGGGCUCAUCUACUGUUCCCUCCAGUGCAGCAAGGGCGAUUCGAAGUCGUCUUCUCAGAGGGGCAACGGCUCACCGUCCUCGAGCAAGGGCCUAGUACAAACGAGCGCGCCGACUACGACCGCUUCGAACUCUCCGAGUCGACACAGCACGAUCCGACAGAGCCCGCUGCUCCUGCGGAAGCAGCCGCCGCCACUCGAGCUCGACGACCCCGUGGAGGAGUGUCCCCCGCCACCUCCUCUCCCGACCUCGGGUCCACCUCGCGAAGACGAAGGGGACAUCUCCUACGCAGCCGACUCGACGAGCUUCCAGAGGUACUCCGACUCGGCCUCCUCCCAGGGACACUCGGACACGACGGCCACAGUUCGCUCCGACUCGCCGCAUUCCGCGACUCGUUCGGACACGCCCGAAUCUCAGGGCUCUCGCCACAGCUCCCAGCCGCAGACACCGCCCAAGCCGCGACCGUGUUCACCGGCAGGAAGCCUGAAAGGAAUCAGUGGCCUGCCUACCAUCCCGCCCUCAGCGGGUAUCCUGAAGAAGUCGGCGAGCUUGGCAUCCGAGUCGCCUUUAGGACGCAUGAAACACUUCCCGGCGUCACCGUCCCUGACGGCGGCCCGACACCCCGGCUUCCCUUCGCCCAAUUCUCCCGGGAACGUGAGGAGGCUCUUGUCUCCGGUGGCAUCCUCCGCACUCCAGACGUCGGGCCACCACUCCCCGGGCUCACCGUACAGUCUCGGAGUACCGGCGACGCCUCCCAAGCCACUGCUGUCGCCCAAUGUGGGCAGAAACCUCUCGACGGCGUCUUCCCCGCGCGGAAGCAUUUCCGCUUCGUCCUCCAUAUACGGUGCGCGCCAGAAGACCGUGCUCUCCCAUUCCAUGUCACAGUCUCCGGACAGCCCCAGGAUGAGGCAGCGGUUUCAGGGGACGAGUCCGUCCCUCGCCGGUUCCCACGCGGCGGGCCAUUCCGUGAGCCAGUGCGGACGGUUCCCGCCAGGAAUCACACCCAUGUCCCCGAUGCCUUCGCCGACGCAGAUGGUUCGCGGCAUCCUCGGUCAGGGGGAGACUCCGCGGUGCCAGCCUCAGCAGGCCACGCCCGAGCGGCAAGUGGCAUGCCGCCCUCAGGGCACCGCAGCAGUGACAUCGUCUUCGCCCGGUGACCCCCUGCUCACGCCUACUUGCGGUCGACGACGUGAACCACUCAACGUGUCCGACCUCCGGCUCGGGGCCCUGCUGGCUAGUUCCGAGGUCUUCGUGGAAGUGGUCGAGGAGAUCCAGAAUGGACCGUUCAGCAAGACCAGUAGCCACCACCACCACCGCCUCUCGGGGUCGCACUUCUCCAUGCCGGACCUUUCCGUGGGCCACGCAGCGUACAGCAGCAGUCAGCAUCACAUCCAGCAGCAACAGCAGCAGUCCGCCUCCUUCGGUGCGCAGGAUGACGAUGAUGGCGGCACGUGCUACUCUCCAGAAUCUCCGGGCGCAACUGCGGGCAGCGCACCGUCGUCACAUCCGACGACGCCCAAGAUGCUGUCGGUACACUUCGACCCGAGCCUGGGACAGGCGGAGAGCGACAACGACGCCGCUUGCAGCAGCGGCCGCCGCGGAAGCUCGCGGUCGUCUCGGCGAUCCCGGCGACACCGGCGUGACGACUCGAGCUCCAGCGAGGGCGGGUACGAGGACGAGCAAGACGCGGCGUCGGCGUCGACGUCGUCGUCGAGAAUCACGGUUCACUCGCAGCCCAAGUCGCAAAGGUCGAGGCGGGGCAAGGACGCCGCAGCAGCUAGGGCCCGCAGCGCGUCCGAGGGAGCGGUGUCGUCCCGGCGGGAGCGACCCCACUGUAGCCGGAGGGCACCCGCCGAGCUGCCACUCGAGUAUGACGAUGCGUGCAGCACGUGCUCCAGCUCGAGUUCGGAUGACUUCCCCUACGAACUGCCCCAACGGAGAGCCUACGGUGGGGUGCGGAUAUCGUAUGUAAGCAGUGACGCCCUCGCAGUGGCCAAGCAACGUACCAGGACUCGCUCGGCUGAGAAGAAAAACGCUGCUGACAAGAACUGCAUAAUUUCAUGAGGCACUAGUGAGUGUGUGUGUGCGUGUGCAUGGGUCCGAGUGUUUUGAGCGUUUGUGCUUGUCUGUGUUUCUUGCUUUCGUUCAUUCAGUGGCAUCAUGAGUCUAUUUCACAGCCAGUGCGAAGCCAAGCUUAUCGACCAUAUGUGCUGUUGAUCCUACGGAGGCACAAAACGAAAGAUCAUACUACUGCUUAACACACUGAAACAUUUCGUUACGAUAAUUGGACACUUUAAUAUAGCAUUAAGUUUUGUGUAGUACUCAUCGCUGUAACAUUGCAUUGUCCUCAGCUUUUAAUUACUUUCUAGCAUGUUCCUUCAGGCUGCAGUGUGCAUCACUGUGCCCUCUACACUUAGAUGGCUGAAGAAUUAGUUAUGGCCUCCUGAUAAUUCGGUGGUUUUAAUUCAUGAUGGAGUAUAUAGGAACUUGUUCACUUUUUGUGAAGCACUACUUUAGACCGAAUGCACUGGCUUCGCGGUGGCUUUGUGGUAGCCUCGUGCAAGCAUUUGUCUUCAUUGCAGUAUUAAAGACAUGAACAACACACCAUGCAAUUCAAGAACAAAGUGCGGGUAUUCAGCCUAUGUCAUGUGUCAGCCUUUGGUACUGUUCUCGUGUCACGUGUUUUGCAGAUGAAGAUUUAUCUGAAUUGCUCUUGUCCCACGUGUCUACAUGUGCUGUAGGGUACUUGUACUGAAGAUUCCUGCUGAGUUUUACUGCUUCUGCCUGCGUGUGUGUGUUAGGUCAUUGUAAGUAAUCACACCUCUGAACAAACAGCUGCGCCGAACGUGAAAUAUGCAGACCUGUACAGACAAAGUGUUUAAGAGUGUCUCUACAUGUCUUCAUGCAUGCUGCUGAGGUCAAGAGCAUUACUUUUUGCUACAAAGCAACGGACAACGCAGAUUUAUGCAUUUGUAAAAUAUCCCCACGGAGCGCAACAGUGUUGCCUGUUGUGGUGAGCUGCGCAUGUGAUCAACAAAUCCCAACUUUCCCAUGGGAAAAGCGCACAAAUCAACAGACAAUGACAGCAGACACUUAAGAGAUGCAAUGGUCUUUCACCUCGAACUAAACGGAUGCUACAUGGUUCAAGUUGAAGCUUGCUGUACAAGUCCUACACGAAAAAUUUAGGAAGAUGAAAAAUAUUAAAAUGGGCCCUGCAAUGCCCACCUCCAGUAUAUUAGAGUUUGUGUCAAGGUCCUGGGCAAGAUGAUUUCUUUUUCAGUGAGGGUGUGGCACUGAAGAUAAAAGUUAGCUGCAGCACAUCUGUUCAUAUGGGACAGUAGAGGUUGAUCCAAGGUAAAAUUGAAAAAAAAAACAAAAUAAAUUAGGAGUGCAGCGUGGUUGCAUACAACUAGCCAAGUAUUGCAGGCACCACAUUUGCCGCAUAAGCCAUGAGGGACCACGUUUGCAAUGACGAAAGCAAAGAGUGGCAGGGCCAAACAGCUUGAAUGUGAUGCAUAGGAAAGCCUAGUUAAAAUGUGAACUGCUGUAACGUUACACUGUUUUCAAGCAAGGGCAGCUUUGACAUAAACCUUGGCAUUUAUUAUAGGUAUAGACAAAUGUGGGAAACAUAUUCAGGCAACAGGACGCAGCUCAAGUGCCAACCGUAAGCUGUGUCGUAGAUACACCCGCACUGCCUUAUGUAAUACUCUCUCGGUGUUGCCGAUUGUGUGGCAUUCACUUCCCGCUUUCGUAGACAUUGCUAGGUGUUCCAGUUCAUUGUUUACCACAUGCCUUAUGCAUCCCAUUGCCAGGCUACAGGCUACAAUGUGUGCGAGCUGGACAAUAGGUUCCUCAUUCUAUAAAGAGGCUAUUCGAAAUUACAUGUGGCACUGCUGAAGUAUCAGAGAAAAGCGCAUCUUCUGCGAAAGUUCAUAGGCUACCUUGCUAAGGGCCAAGGCUAGAUUGAGGCGAGAGUCGAGAAGUUUGCAGUCAUAGGUCAAACCCAUAGCAAUAGUUGGAGGUGUCACUUUUAUUUGAAAGUGCUCCCAAAGAACCUGGUCGGUAUAAUAUAACAUCUCCUUUGGUUCAAUACGAUUCUUGCUUUCUCAUCGUCCACCACUCACAGCCAGCCAAUCCUGGUGAUAACGAGGAUGGAGUGCUGCUCAGACCAUUGAUAAAGCGCGAACAGGAAUAGCAUCGGAAUAGAAUCGUUGAAUUAUCCUGAUCACUACCACAGCAACAAAAGAAAAAAUACAUAUGGAAGGGUUGCGUUGAAGUUUUCUGCCUCAACGAAUGACAGUUUUCAAAGUUAAACGUUGGUAGUAAAACCUUGGCUCACCUUCGGUAAGGAAGGUGCUGUACCAGGGUUUUGAGGAUACGCGUAUUACACCACACCCUACGUAAUGGAUGAUGUGCUUAUGGUGCAUAACAUCUGCGUAGGAAAAUGAAAGUGGUAUCAUGCAGACACUGUACCGUGACUUUGAGGAGUUAAGUUUUAUGUAAUGGGAUAGCACCAUUGAAAUUUGCAUAACUGAAAACUACAUGGACAGAGGAAGCCUGUGGUAGCGAAAAAAAAAAAAGCCAGUAACUGUUCUUCAGAAGCGUUGCUCCAAGAGUGUUGCCGCCAGCUCAGUUGCUACAAGAGAGUAUAAGUGUUGCACAGGUUGCAUUCAAUGGAGUUUCGCUAUCUCUAUGUAAAAGAUGAAAGAAUAGGAAAAUUGUUUCACAAUUUGACGUGUCCUGUAAGGUUGCUUUAUGUGAGUACUAUGUCUAUUGCAACAUCAAAUCAGUACCUGACUUGAGACAUUACCUUUUUAGUGUUUACUCUCUCCCAACGAAUUAAUAUUUCCAUUUUGCCAGCAUUCUAAUUAACACAUUACUUGAACUGAAGGCAAUUAUAUAGAUGGUGGAGAUUUUGCAGGACGUGUCAGGAUAAUGUCAAAGACCAAUUCAUUCAUUAGUUCUGAGUUCAUGUUAAGUACGGUUUGGCUUGCAAUAAUUGGCACUCUCACAAAAUCAAGAUUUUUGUGGCUAUGGAUAGAAUGGUAUUCUAGUGUACAAACAGGUGCACCUACCAUUACACUUAUCACACAAGUAAACAAUUUGCAAUUGCUGGGUUUCAUCCAUGUAGAGAACAUCGCAGCUGCAAACACUCAGCUGAGUUACUGGAAUCUGCAUUCACAGAAUGCUCAUGGCACACACAAAAGCCUGAACAUCAAACUUAAACAAAUGCUUAUCUAAAGCCCAAUUUGGCCGAAUUUCCUGUUCAGACCAAGCUGUGUAUUGUACACCAGAAGCCAGAUGCUUCAAAAGUACUUGAAUCAGCUGGCACAUUGAAGUACUCAAGUUUGAAUUAUUGCGAGUCAACCAUACACUGCCCUGCAUCUGCAAGGCAUGGCUUCCAACCAAUUUUUCUACUUUGCGUCCCCACUUCUUUUCUUAGAAACCAUUUUGUUCUUCGAGAACAAAAACAGCGUCUGAAAGGUCUGUGUUCAUUAUGCAGUGAGUCAUCAGCUUUUUGUGUCUUGUUAACUGCAAGUUGUGUGUUCACACAUCCGAGAUCAGGGAGCUCGUAUGUAUACCCAGUUUUUAGUAUGGUGCGCAGGAGGAGUGAUGGCCUACCAGCGACACCACGACAUCAUUGCCAAAGCAAGUGUUUUUUUUGUGUGUUUUGUAUAGUGUACAUGAUCAAACCAGCGUUGUGGGGGACACGGACUCUCCAGCAUUUAAUUAUUUUGUCUCUACAGAUCUGUUUUUUUGUGCGCUCUCUGCAAGGACGGCAACCGGACUGGACAAAGAGGCGUGCGAGUGUGUCACAACUGAACCAUAGAUUAUAUGGUUUUAUACAAAGUAAUAAAUCAAAUCACUUCUUA